AUGUAUACUGUGUUCGUCGGCUUGUGGUGCGCUGCUGCUUUAGUGUCAGCUGGCAAUCAUCCUCCAGCUGGCUAUCACGACGACAACUAUGCGCCAGAAUACGGCCAAGAUGGGCAUGAAACGCCAGCAGCAACAAGUCAUGCCGGGCACGAAUACGGCCCUCCGCCUACCUAUCCAGCCAGUCCCGAGUGUCCAACGUACACUGUGACGAAGACGGGUCGUCCAAAGCACAUUACCGUGACAAUCACAUCUACGAUCGCCACAAAAGUCACUAUAACAGAAGGACAGAAGUAUUAUCAUCCGACGACAGCCACGGUCACCGAGCAUCCGCAAUGUCAUCCUCUGACAACUACUGUCUACAAGGAGAAACAUGGAAAGCCAUAUACAACCACGGUCUAUCCCGACAAGCCAUGCCAUCCCAGCACUUUGACUGUGACGGCUGGCAGUACAGUAACCAGCACUAGCUAUAUCACGCAACCUGGUGGUACAGUCACAAAUACUUUGACAGUGACUUCUGGAGGAACAAUCACAAGUACCAGCUAUAUCACGCAGCCGCCUGCAACAGUCACGAAAUUCGAAGUUUCGGCAAUCUACAGCGAUCGAACGAUCACGACAGGAGCACCGAUCUGCGGAGGUGGAACAACAUACAUCAACAAAUACAAUGCUACAAUCACUAUUCUUACCACAAGAACUUUGGCCAACACGACUGUCACAUCUACACUAUACUCGGAAACGACAACUUCGACUACUACAGUAGCCACCCAGACUGUCACUUUUACCACCCUUUCCGCAACGACCAAUACUGUGACAGAUAUUUCUCUCGUCUACCUGCCGAGCGUGACAACGGUGACAGCAGGAAACGGCACGGUGACAGGGACUCGGUACUUUCCGAGCGGCACCGCAACGAUCACUUCAUAUCUGUUGAGCGUGAGCACGACGACGAAUGCUGGAUCCACAGAGACGCAAUACAUCCCGAGCGGCACAUUGACGACAACCUACUACAUCUCGAGCGUGAGCACCACCACGAAUCCCGGAUCAACUGUGACGCAAUACUUCCCAAGCAUAGUCACCGUGACCGCAGGCGAUGGCAACGUCACAGACACAGUCUACGUCCCAGGAGGAACAGCAACAAUCACCUCCUUCUACCCAUCAAUCACCACCAUCACCGAACCCGGUCAAACCGUCACAAUCUACCUCCCAUCAAACGACACACAAUACAUCUGCUGCAACGGCACAGGCGGUGGCGGCGGCGGCGGCGGUGGAGGAGGCGGCAACAACGGCACAAACACCUACAACCUGAUCGUGGACUACCUCGAAACAACCUACCUCUCCCUCAUCGACCGCUCCCUCACCAACAUCACCGAAACAAUCUCCAAUCGUCUCCGUCUCGACCUCCAAAACUUCUUCUCAGGCUCAAACUCCACCUUAAACCUCAACACCACAAUAACUCUCAACACCACCGACCUCAACUACCUCAACCGCACAAUCAGCGGUACAAUCAUAAAUUUCUUCGGGGAUGAAUUUAAUAAUCGUUCCUCUCCCAUAAACGAGGCAAUACGAGUUGAGAUAAAUGACACACCAUGGUGGGCGAUUGUCAUUCUUGUACUUGUGAUUUUGAUACUGUUGGGGUUGUUGCUGGGGUGUUGUUGGGCCUUCUGUUUUGGUGGGAAGAAGGGCAAGAAGAAGGAGAAGGAACAUUCGCCUCCGCCGGUUGCGCCGCCAGCAGGAGGAGGAAGUCUGUGUAUGAGGUGUAGGAAGCCGAGGAGUGUUUGUGGGUGUGCGGAGGGGCCGCUUUAGAGGAGCACGAAAAGGAGAUGGGAAUGGGGAAGUUGAAAAUGGAUGAUGAUGGG